CAUCCCUGAGUUUUCACAGGCAAUUAACUUGAACAACAAAAAUCGCUCAAUCUAUUGACUAGUUUCAAUAAUGGCAGCCAUAGUUUCGCAAGCCCUUUUCAUCCUCUUCGUUUCUUCUUAUGUGAAUGCGCUGAGCUCAAACUACUAUGACAAAACAUGCCCACAUCUUGAGUCCACCGUCACCAGUGCUGUCAAGAUAGCCAUGACAAAUGACAAGACAGUUCCAGCCGCCCUGCUUCGGAUGCACUUUCACGAUUGCUUCAUAAGAGGUUGUGAUGCUUCUGUGCUCCUGGAAUCAAAGGGAAAUAACCAAGCGGAAAAAGACGGCCCUCCUAAUAUUUCAUUGCAUGCAUUUUAUGUGAUUGACAACGCAAAGAAAGCAGUGGAGGCUUUGUGCCCGGGGGUGGUCUCUUGUGCUGAUAUCUUGGCUUUAGCUGCUCGUGAUGCCGUUGCUCUGUCUGGAGGUCCCACUUGGGAAGUGCCAAAAGGGAGAAAAGAUGGAAGAAUCUCAAAGGCAAGUGAGACCAGACAAUUGCCAGCUCCCACCUUCAACAUCUCUCAACUACAGCAAAGCUUCUCCCAGAGAGGCCUUUCCUUGGAAGAUCUUGUUGCUCUCUCUGGGGGGCACACUCUUGGAUUCGCUCAUUGCUCAUCUUUUCAGAACAGAAUCCACAGCUUCAGCGCCACACUCGACGUCGACCCGUCACUGCAGCCAUCCUUUGCAAGCAGUCUACGAAGCGUAUGUCCCGCGCACAACAAGGUGAGAAAUGCGGGCGCCACUCUGGACUCUACCUCGACAGCAUUUGACAAUGCAUACUACAAGCUGCUUCUGCAAGGGAAGAGCAUAUUUUCUUCGGAUCAGGCCCUGCUCACUAACCCAACAACUAAAGCAUUGGUUUCUAAGUUUGCCAGCUCCCAGCAAGAGUUUGAAAACGCUUUUGUGGAGUCCAUCAUCAAGAUGAGUAGCAUCACUGGUGGGCAAGAGAUUAGGCUCGACUGCAAAGUAGUUAGAUGAUGGAUGAUCACGAAUCUCACGAUCCCUUUCAUUUCAUGUUUCAGAUUAAAUUCCACAGAACAUGGAUCAGUAAUGAGAUGGAAUAAAUGUACGGCGUGUCUAAUGUGUAAUGUGUAUGUGCAUAGUUGUAAGCAAGGUUGUGUUGUUUUUGAGACCGUUGAAGUGAACGGUGCUAAGACUUAAAAGUUAUCAAUGUAUAAGCAUGCGUAUUAAUGAACAUGUAUUUAUUUGUUUUUCAUCA